AUGGCGCACAUCACCAUCAACCAGUACCUGCAGCAGGUACAAGAAGCCAUUGACAGCAGAGAUGGACAAUUUUGUGCAGAAUUGGUAUCAUUUAAACAUCCACAUGUUGCAAACCCAAGGCUACAGCUUCCAUCUCCAGAGGAGAAGUGUCAACAAGUUUUGGAACCUCCAUAUGAUGAAAUGUUUGCAGCCCACUUAAGGUGUACUUAUGCUGUUGGAAACCAUGACUUUAUAGAAGCAUACAAAUGCCAAACUGUUAUUGUCCAAUCUUUCCUGCGAGCAUUUCAAGCCCAUAAAGAGGAAAACUGGGCUUUACCUAUCAUGUAUGCUGUAGCCCUCGAUCUUCGAAUUUUUGCUAAUAAUGCAGAUCAACAGCUGGUGAAGAAAGGGAAAAGCAAGGUUGGGGACAUGUUGGAAAAAGCAGCAGAACUGCUGAUGAGCUGUUUUCGAGUCUGUGCCAGUGACACUCGAGCAGGCAUUGAAGAUUCCAAAAAGUGGGGCAUGCUGUUUCUUGUGAAUCAACUGUUCAAAAUUUAUUUUAAGAUCAACAAGCUCCAUCUAUGUAAGCCCUUAAUUAGAGCAAUUGACAGCUCAAAUCUGAAGGAUGAAUAUAGUAUGGCACAGAGAGUUACAUACAGAUACUAUGUUGGACGCAAAGCCAUGUUUGACAGUGACUUUAAGCAAGCUGAAGAGUAUCUUUCAUUUGCCUUUGAGCACUGUCACCGCUCCAGCCAGAAGAACAAAAGAAUGAUUUUGAUCUACCUGCUGCCAGUAAAAAUGUUGUUGGGCCAUAUGCCAACAAUUCAGCUCUUAAAAAAGUAUGACCUUAUGCAGUUUGCUGAAGUAACCAAGGCUGUGAGUGAAGGCAAUCUUCUCCUACUGAAUGAUGCUCUGACAAAGCACGAAACCUUCUUUAUUCGGUGUGGAAUCUUUCUUAUCCUUGAGAAGCUGAAAAUCAUCACAUACAGAAAUCUUUUUAAGAAAGUAUAUUUACUACUUAAAACCCAUCAGCUAUCUCUGGAUGCCUUUCUGUAUGCCCUGAAAUUCAUGCAAGUAGAUGAUGUUGAUAUUGAUGAAGUCCAGUGCAUUUUAGCUAACCUUAUAUACAUGGGUCACAUUAAAGGCUAUAUAUCUCAUCAGCAUCAAAAGCUUGUGGUCAGUAAGCAGAAUCCCUUUCCUCCACUGUCAACAGUGUGUUGAAUAUUGAUUCUUAGCCAUGCAGGUAACUUUUCAGAUGCUCAGCUUGCCCAGUGGACCUGCUCCUUAUCACCCUGAGAACAUUGUAAAUGACCUCGUUCAUGUCCAGGACUGGAAUACCAGGAACUGUUUGUGGCUCCUUUCCCAGAAUGACCAAGGCUGCCAGUGUUACAAAGUGCAUUGGAAUGAAAUGCCAACUUUGCAGUGAUAGCUUCCACAGGCUUUCUUGAUCAUUAAAAGGAUUUCAUGAUGAAAUACAGCAAAACAUUCCAAA